CCAAAGAUGCUUUAAUUCUGGCUGAAGAACCCCAAAACACCAGCAUUGAGCAGAAAAUUUUUAUCGAUUACAUCAAAACCUGCCAACAGCGAGUCAUUGAAGACUCUGUACUUCUCGACUGGAGGUCAAAUUGCAGCCGAGGUAUACGUGCGAACUAUGCCCAAAGACCUACUGUCGCUUGGUCAUCUCAAAAGACACCAACAGGAGACGCACGACAAAAUACCCAAAAAAGUAAAACGAAUAUUGUUGGUUUAUGAUAAUGAUCCAUUGAUCCAUUACUUCUACCAGAGAUACUACUGUCAAGAUUGCAAUGAUUCGUUCAUUGAUCCUAGAGUUCUUGAUACACAUAUACAAGUAAAGCACCUGAAUUUACUGAAGCAAUGGCCUUGCCGCCACAGUGAGUGCGACAACAAAUUCAACAAUAAAACUACAAAAAGGCACACAGCUACAAAGAACAGGGAUACGAAUGCAAAAACAAAAAUUGUUACUUAAAAUUCGAUACACAAUUCGAGAUGCUCAGGCAUUUCUCGGCUGUUCAUAGGGUAAUCAAUUUAGUAUCGAUGCAAGUGAACAUCUCAAUCGUAAAGUCUUUGGGCACAAUA